AUGGGAGAGAGUUUUAUUGACAACAGCAGAGCACUCCACACCAGGACGACCACACCAGGAAGACUACACCAGGAAGACCACACCAGGAAGACCACACCAGAAGACUACACCAGUAAGACCACACCAGGAAGACUACACCAGGAAGACCACACCAGGAAGACCAAACCAGGAAGACCACACCAGGAAGACUACACCAGGAAGACCACACCAGGAAGACCACACCAGGAAGACUACACCAGGAAGACCACACCAGGAAGACCACACCAGGAAGACUACACCAGCAAGACCACACCAGGAAGACUACACCAGGAAGACCACACCAGCAAGACCACACCAGGAAGACCACACAAAGACCACACCAGGACGACCACACCAGGACGACCACACCAGGAAGACCAUACCAGGACGACCACACCAGGAAGACCACACCAGGAAGACCACACUAAGACCACACCAGGACGACCACACCAGGAAGACCACACCAGGAAGACUACACCAAGACCACACCAGGACGACCACACCAGGAAGACCACACUAAGACUACACCAAGAAGACUACACCAGGAAGACCACACCAGGAAGACUACACCAGGAAGACCACACCAGGAACAACACACCAGGAAGACCACACCAGGAAGACCACACCAGGAAGACUACACCAGGAAGACCACACCAGGAAGACCACACCAGGAAGACCACACUAAGACUACACCAGGACGACCACACCAGGAAGACUACACCAGGAAGACCAGACCAGGAAGACCACACCAGGAAGACUACACCAGGACGACCACACCAGGACGACCACACCAGGAAGACUACACCAGGAAGACCACACCAGGAAGACCACACCAGGAAGACCACACUAAGACUACACCAGGACGACCACACCAGGACGACCACACCCGGAAGACCACACUAA